UAUUCUUCCUACUUUUGACAGGCGCGGGAGCAGUUUUCCAUGCUCACAAUCCAAACGCAGUAUUAAUAUCUUUACUAUAUCCAGGAAAAGAAUUUAGAAUAACUCACCAACAAAUGAUUAAAUGUACAUAUAAUUGGACGCUAGGGAAAAAUAACAAAUAUUUUGACGAAUUAGUUAUUCCGAUUGUUGAAGGUCAACCCGAGGAAAUUGACCUUGCACCAUAUGUUGCUACAGCAUUAGAGGACUAUCCAGACACAUCAUGUGUUAUCAUUCGUAGACAUGGAAUGUAUGUCGUAGGUCCUACAUGGGAGAAAACUAAAUUGAUGUUAGAAAGUUUUGAUUACUUGUUUCAUAUAGCAAUGCAGAUGAAGCUCUAUGGACUAGAUCCUACUCAGCCUCCUCCAGAGUCCAGUAAAAGCUGAAAUAAAAACUUGUUUGACUAAAUUA